GAUACUUUAACACCWAUGAACAACAGCACAACAAUCAAAGCAGACUGCAAAUUGCUGCAGUGCAUCAUAAGUGAACGUGCCCCAGUCAACAGUCUCUCUCUCUUCGUCCAUAAACAUUGAGCUACGAAGAAGGCACGAACAUCUUCGUAAGCCCGUCGAUUCUCACGAUUAUAUUACGGACUUCAAGACGGAAUGUUUCGACUCUCUUGGUUCUCUGUCUGAAAUUACAGUACUCCAUUUAUUCGACGUUUUUCUUUUCCAUAAAGACGAGAUACAACAAAACUGUGUUUUGCUAUGGCAUCCUCAUCACGUGAAAUUGGCAAAGGCAUGAAGAUGACCAUGCAAAUGAUCAGAGCAAGAUUUUCUCAAGUCAAACAAAUUCAAACGAAGGAAGUUGAGAGUUUACUAUCGGCCUCCUCCAACAGAGAAKGAACCKCAGUUAUUCUGCUAGAUGUUAGAAGUAAACCAGAAUUCAAUGUAAGUCACUUACAGGGUGCUCACUCAGUAAAUCCAAACACAAAGAAUAUGUCUGAAGUGCUUGCCCUGAUCAAUCAACAAGUUCCUAAUGCAGAGGAUCCCAAGACAGUGGUAGCAUAUUGUUCUGUAGGAUACAGGUCAWGUAAUCUAAUACAAAAUUUAAUGAACGAACUAUCYAAGCCUGAAUAUAGCAAAGAGCGGGAUUUGAUCAAACUUUUCAGUCUUGAGGGAUCAAUAUUCAAGUGGGCAAAUGAAGGCAGACCCAUUGUUGACUGCGACAACUGUAUUGUGAAGGCUGUACAUCCUUACAAUUCUGUUUUUGGAAAGUUACUCAACAGUGAGCUUGUUAGCUUUGGAAAAGAUAGUCAACUGUGAAUUUGACAAUAUCCACAUAAACAGCUUUUUUAGAAAACAUAAAAUACAAUUAUACAGUAAAAUUUAUUUCCAUGGAUAAAUAAUAAUGAAAAAAUUGAGCAUGCUCACUCAACCUAUGUAAAUUGAUAAAAAAGGACCAUAAAACUCAGUUUGUGAUAAUUCACGUCCUUAUCACCUAUGUAGGAGCAAAACCAAGAUUUCAAACCCUYUAAGGGACUACGAGGACCACUGCUCCCUUUUAUAAGGGAAUCCACCUCCUGGGCCAACAGAUACAAUAAAUAAAUCACUAUAUAGUUAUAUCACACAAUGUCAGAAUACAAUGUGUUUACACCUGUAACUCUAAAUCUAGAUUAUAAAAAAUGKAAAUAAGAUAAAUAAAGUCAAAUGUUACACUUGUA